AUGACGUUGACGUCGUUUCUAAGCGACGUUGUCAUUAGCGUCAAAGCAUUAGCAAGAGAGAUUACUCACUUAGCAGUUGACAGCGAUAUUUUACGAUUUUUGUCAGUUAUGGAGGAAGUUUUUAUACCAAAAUUAUCUAUCCUGACCCAAGAUGAAGGGAUGUUUUCCAGUCUUGAUAGUUUUUCUGCAUUAACCGGUUUCGUUCCAAAAAACAGAUUAACCGCUUUCCUGAGAACUUUGAGAAACUCAGUUCUAAAUCAUUCUAGAAAAGAUUAUGAUAUCAUCAGUACCGAUGAAGAUUUUGAUACUCUAUUUUCCUCUGAGACGCACAGAGUUUUGAAAGAACGCAAGAGAACACUUGUACAAUUGAUUAAGAAACACGAAACCGCCCUGCUUGCAUUGAGAGAAGCCAGAAUUAAUUGUUGGAAGUCAAAAGCAAAGUUGCAGAAGUAUGAGUUGAUUUUAGAGACACAAAGGUCUGCCUUGCGUUAUAACCAAAACGAGGCUGAAGUCAGAGAGGCAGCAAUUAAGGAGAUGGAAUUAGUACAUAACAAAUGGAUGGUCACACACGAGAAAGACCAUAUUGCGUUUGAGAAAAAGUUCUUAGAUGAGAUAGGUUUCAGAGAGAAAAUUCAAAAGAUGUCUUCUGACCUUGAACGUGAUGUUGUUGAGAUGCUUUAUGACACCAUCCGAAUAUUUAUGUACAAGAACAAUCAGAAACUGAGGUACGUGAAGUUAUUAAUUAUAAAAAUAUAUAAUAACAUACCAUGUGAAAAAGAAUGGAUUGAGAAAGCUGAAUAUAUAAAUAGCAGAAUCAACAAACAAACAUUAAGAGAAAG